GGCCGGCCACAAGCAGUACAAUUUCAACAAAUCAAAUGCUGCGGUCUCAGAGAUUACCCCGUGAUGCUGAAGAAUGUGGAUUUUACAGUAGGGUUCCUCCUCAUGUUGUCUUUUAUUUCCCGAGCGAUUAAAUACACGGGGGGGGCUUUACAAACUUAAAUAUAGGUCUGACCCACUCUUUCUGUUGAUGGUGUGAUGUUCUAUGCCGUCGGUUAGUCUCGAAAUGUAUGAAAAACAAUAGGCUUUUGGAAUUCAUUGUAGUCUAGGAUGCACUCAACGUAGAGGUUUUCCUUCUCACGUUGGUUACAAGCGACUCUGAUCAACAAACGCAGAAGAGAUGCUGUAAUUGGAGUGGACCAGGAAGUACUAGAGAGGAGAAGGAGGAGGAGGAGGAGGAGAGGAGGGAAGAGGAGGAUACCACCAUGAAAGGUCUGAGUGCCUCCAGGUUCUGCUUCUACUUGGGUUUCGUAGUGGGGACCCUCAGCCUGUACCUCUUCCUGCGCCAGCUAUGGUUUGAGAGGAGCAUGGAGCUCCCUGUGCUGGGAGGGGUCCAGGGCAGCUCAGUAGCAGCGGUGGCAGAGGAGAGGCAGGCCAGUGUGGAGAGAGCAGCCCUCAUCAAUCUCAACGUCCCGCACCACACAGGUGAGGACAGUCGCGUGGCAGAUGAGUUGUACCGAAAGGUGCGCAUCCUGUGCUGGGUGAUGACAGGCCCCAGUAACCUGCAGACCAAGGCCCGCCAUGUCAAGGCCACCUGGAGCCGCCACUGCAACGUGGUGGUCUUCAUGAGCUCUGUCGACGACCCAGACUUCCCCACCGUAGGGCUGGGGACAGGGGAGGGCCGCGACCAGCUCUACUGGAAGACCAUCCGGGCCUUCCACUAUGCCCUGGAGCAUCAUGGGAACGAAGCCGACUGGUUCCUCAAGGCGGACGACGACACCUUCGUAGUGGUGGACAACCUCCGCUGGGUCCUGUCCAAUCACACGCCCGAGGAGCCCCUCUACUUCGGCAAGCGCUUCAAGCCCUACGCCAAGCAGGGGUACAUGAGUGGCGGAGCGGGGUAUGUGUUGAGUAAGGAGGCCCUCAGGAGGUUCGUGGAGGGGUUCAAGACCAAGGUGUGUACCCAUACCACCUCUGUGGAGGACUUGGCUCUGGGACAGUGUCUGGAGAAGAUGGGGGUUCUGGCCAUGGACUCCAGGGAUACAUGGCAGCGGGAGACGUUUCAUCCAUUCGUGCCGGAACACCACCUGACUGGGAAGUUCUCCAAGAGCUUCUGGUACUGGAACUACUGCUACUACCCCAUCGUGGAGGGUCCCCAGUGCUGCUCAGACCUGGCAGUAUCCUUCCACUAUGUGGACGCAGAGCUGAUGUACACGCUGGAGUACUGGACCUACCACCUCCGUGCCUACGGCUACAGAUACCGCUACAGACCUCCACUACCCCAGGGCCUGGUGGAGCGGCUGGCCCAGCCGGAAAUGGCCACUGUGGGGGCAGCUGGUAGAGGGACAAUACCAGCUGGUGUUAUUGUUGUUGGUGGUGGAGACCAGUCCAAAAUGGAGGCAGUGUCAUAUAAAGGGGCUGCGAGGGAAAGUCAAAUCCCCAUGGACAAUAACAGGACUGCAGUCACACAGGAGAGACAGCAGUGAUUCUCUUUGGGUCGACGCCUAACUUCCACUUGGUGUCAUUUGGGACGGUUUGAUUUGAAGUGUUUGAAUGUGGUUUUUUAAGGUGGUAUCGGGAGUGUGUUGUUGUGUGUGAUUGGAAACAGGACUUGUGAAAUGGUCAUGCCAGGAACAGGUUUGAAGCGUUUGAAUGUGUUUUUUUAAGGUGGUAUCGGGAGUGUGUUGUGUGUGAUUGGGAACAGGACUUGUGAAAUGGUCAUGCCAGGAACAGGUUCGAUAUUUCCAACGUUGUGCACCAGUUCCACCACAGUCCAGGUUUAAUUGGUUGUGGGGGAUUUUAUUCAUCCAUAUACUGUACAACUUUUUACCUGAAUGGGUUAACUGUUUUUUAUCAAUAUCUGUUGUUGUUUUAUCUGAUAUUCUGUUUGAAUUCCAAUAGUAUGCCGUUAGUGACCAUGCAUCUGUAUAAACUUCUAGAGCAUUUACUUCAUGAGGCCCACGCUGCAUAAAAACAUUCUGACCUGGACAUUUCCUAUAGCAUGAUAUCAAGAAUUUCUGUGUCUUAGAUGUUGAUUUGGAAAAUCAUCAUUUCCACAACUAACAGUGCUCCUGUAUUCCAUUCCCUAAUUGACUGUCCAUAACUAUUCAAUUCUAUAUUGGUAUUGCACUUUUAGAGAAAUAUGAAGGGACCUUUAUAUGCGUGCACUGAACAAUGGUUGUUUCUUAACGUUGUCGAGGUUUUCGGCAGAAUCGGAGGUUUUCGGCAUCAGGUCAAGCUGAUAGAGCACAUUUUUGAUUGGUAUUACAUUGCUCUGUGGUGUAGCUAAGUGUGAGUGUAUUUCAUGUCAAAUGUAAUGGCCAUAUGUUUUUCCCAUUUAUUCUAGAUUAUCUGCUAAGCAGUUGAAUGGCCUUAAAGUGGGGUAGAUUAUACUUACUAUAACUACAGUACUAAAGUAUUUUUUUGUACAGUACUACUUAAUGUUCAUUUUGGGUUACAUAUUCCGGCACUUUGAAUUCUCGUUGCUAUGAUGGUAGAUUUAAAAUGUUGUAACCAAAUAUUUUUCAAUGAAUUGUCAGUAUUGUUGCCACAUUUGAUUAUUUCUUUAAUUUGAAUCACAAACAUAUGGUAAAGAAAUAGUUCUUAUCAGAUGGGACUGUUACUGAUUUCUUUCAGGUAAUACAUUAUAGCUAUUAGUUACUAUGACAACCCAUCGGGCACAUGUUACAGUAGCAGGUUGAUUUUGGUCAGUUUAAAUUCCAUAGAUGUUUUCGCAAAUACUUUGUUUUGUAAAAUAAAUAGUUGUUUCUUUUCUG